AUGAGUAGCAGCGACUCAGAUUCUUUUGAUAACAGUUUUCAUAAUACGGAUUCUCCUCUAAUUGAUGAAAACGUUAAAAAUUUUUUAAAUAGUUUGCCAUAUGAACUUGGAAAUAUAUUGCAAGGUUGUAUUUGUGAUAUAGAUAGGGAAGCAAAAUGGAAAGAUAUUAUUGGCUUAAAAAAAAUAAAGGAAACAUUCUUAUUAAAUAUUUAUAUUGCUCCUAGGUAUCCUAGUAUUUUUAAAGGAAUUCGUAAACCGUUAAGAAAUUUUAUAUUAUAUGGACCACCAGGUAAUGGAAAAACUUUUAUUGCUAGAACAUUAGCAACUAUGACUAAAAGAAAAUUUCUUUUGGUUACUAAAUCUGUUAUAAGCUCAAUGUGGGUUGGAAAUACAGCUAAAUUAAUAAAAGCAGUAUUUGAUUUGGCUGUUCUUAUGUCACCAUCAAUUCUCUUUUUUGAUGAAAUGGAUGGAAUUUGUAGCAAACGUCGCUCUGCUGAUUCUAAUUAUGAUAGAGAAAAUAAAUCUGAACUUUUAGUCAAAUUUGAAGAAAUGAGUAAAAAACAAAAAGAUGUAUGUGUUAUUGGUGCUACAAAUUUUCCCUGGGAUAUAGAUCCUGCAAUAAAAAGACGAUUUGAUACAGAAAUAUAUAUUCCUUUACCUUGUUUAAAAGACAUUAAAAAAAUAUUAAUUAAAAAUCUUUCUGAAUUGGAAAUAGACAAUGACUUUAAUUUUGAUAAUGUUGCACAGAAAUUAAUUGGUUAUUCAGCUUCUGACAUCGUUAGAAUAUGUAAACUUGCUGUCAAUAAACCUAUACAAGAAUUUUUUUCAUCAAUAAAAUUUGAUUUAAGUAAAUUAAAAAAUGCUGAUAUGAUUCCAAAAUUUUUUGUUAAAGAGGAAGACUUUUACUAUGUCAUUGAAAAAACUCCUUCAACCAUCACCAAGUCAAUGAUUCAGGAGUACUAUAUUUAUAAAAGUGACAAAUAA